AUGUCUUUCAUUGCCGACAUACUGAGUCAAGCUCACUUUUUGGAAUCCAAUUUUGACCAAGCCACUCAACAUGUUUCUGGUGGUCUUCAUGCAGCUCCAUCCUAUGAUGCGUCUGGAGAUGUCGCUAUCCUAGACAAGGCCAUUAAAGCAAAAGGUGUUGACGAGGCAAGCAUCACCAAUAUUGUGACAAAAAGAAGUAAUGCACAGUUGCAGGCCAUUAAGGAUGCUUACCAGUGUACAAUAGGAAAGCCUCUGGAAGAAGCUCUCAAGAAAGCUCUUUCUGGCCAUUAUGAGGAGGUUGUUUUAAACUUGCUGAAAACUCCAGAAGAAUAUGAUGCCGAGGAGCUGAAAUUUGCCACCAAGGGAAUGGGAACUGAUGAGGAUACACUGAUUGAAAUUUUGGCAUCAAGAUCAAACGAGGAGAUCAGGAAGAUAAAAGCAGUCUACAAAGAAAAGUAUAAGACUGAUUUGGCAAAGGAUAUCACAUCAGAUACAUCUGGUCAUUUCCAAAAAGGUCUACUUGCACUUUUAGCGGCUUCAAGAUCUGAAGAUACCCGUGUGAAUGACGAACUUGCUGAUAAUGAUGCCAGGGCUCUUUUUGAAGCUGGUGAACAGAAAAAAAAGGCAGAUGCGGAUGUUUUCAUCAGCAUAAUGACUGCUCGCAGCUAUUCCCAUCUCCAGAGAGUUUUCCUGAAGUACCCAAAAUACAGUAAACAUGAUGUCAGCAAAACACUGGAUCUAGAGCUUAAAGGAGAUAUUGAAAAACUUCUUAAAGCCAUUGGUAAGUAG